CUUAAUCCUUCCUUAGAUCCUGGGCUAUAUGAGAAGAAAUCUGGUCCAUCCACAGAAAAUAGUGUUGGAAGUGCACUGCAAGUAGAGGCCGGAGAGUUUUGCUUUCCCUCUACACCACCACUCAGCAUGUUGUUAUUCUGUCACAUGCUGGCCGGAGCCUUUCUUCCCUUCCUCACCCUUUCAGGAAAUUGGGUUUCAGCUGAGAACAUCAACUUUUACAACGUGAGACCUCCACUGGACCCCACUCCAUUUCCAAACAGUUUUAAGUGCUUUACCUGCGAUAACGCGGUGGACAAUUACAACUGUAACAGAUGGGCUGAAGAUAGAUGGUGUCCUGAAAGUACUCAGUACUGCUUGACAGUUCAUCUCUUCACGGACCAUGGGAAGAGUACGUCAGUCACCAAAAAAUGUGCCACUGGAGAGGAAUGCCACUUCGUAGGCUGCCACCACCACAGGGAAAGUGGCCACACGGUUCCCAAAGCAGUUCGUAGGAAACUUAUUGUCCUACCUGCCCGGUUCUUGAUGAAUUCCCCCUAA